AUGCUCCGUGACGCCCUCCCCGUCCCGACGCGCACCAACAUCACGUCGGCAGAGCUGCGUGUUGGGUUGGGCAUGACCGAAGAAGCAUUCGAGGCCUUCAGGACCGUCGCUCGCCAAACCCACCGCCGCCACCGCCUGGCAGCGUCGGACGGGUCCCCGAACGUCCUGACCGACGCCGCCGCCUCCUGGAAUAAGAUCCCCGCCGCCCUGCAGCGCGCCAUGGUCGACGACGUGAUCAGACAGUGCGGCCGGCUCCGCCUGUUCCCCGCCGUCUUGUCCAUGGAGGUCGUCGAGGCCACUGUCAAACACCGCCUCGCCAUCGUCCGUAGACAGUGGCGGCAGAGCGUUGGCGCUUCACAGGGCCAGGACCAGAACGAGGCUCACCUCUGA